GUCUGUGAAGGCGCACCGGGAACCUCCCCCACUUGUGCACAAGCAGCCAGCACACAGAUGUGGAACCCUGGGGGAAGCUUCCACACCAGCAGGGAGGGAGAACUGGGGCCUCACCACACCUUUGGGGAUCAGGGCCCCAAGAGGAGGUUUGCCUCAGGUUUUGAGCAAUUUCAAAACAAAUGGCUUUGGGGAGUCACGGUUCCUCACUUUUGGACUGAACAGCCUCCAGCCCUCGGGGAAGCCCAAGCCAGGGCAGGGACAAGCCAUUGGAAUCCAGGCACUCUCAGCCCUGCUCCAUUCCCGCCCUGGGAGAGGCAGAGGGGUCCGGCGGGAUGAAGGUGAAGGGGCAGCCCCCUGCGUCUGGAUGCUGGGCAGGAAUCUCCAGGCCGCGUCUAGAAGGUGGGAAAUGCCCCAUCCCUGGACCACGGGCCAUAUCCGCACAGACCUCUCGGCCUCAUCCCUGCCUUGUGCUCCGCGGACAGGGUCCGCACUGUCUCUGCAAGAUCAUCCGUAUAUAGCUAGGCGUGGCACACAGCAGGAGGUGGGACUCAAAACCUCAAAAUAAGAAGUGGGUUUCUGGCUUUUAAAAAAAUCACGGGAAGAAUUGUUUAGGAAGUGGGUCCUUGUGAAUCUGCUCCUCCCUACACCUCCCCCAAUCGACCCGACAAAGGAGAGCAAAAGAAGCGAGAGGGGGAAGCCAAAUUUGGGGUUCUCCAUGAACCAAUUAGGGGUGCCCUUUCACUGCCUCUCCAAAGAGGCGCGGAGGCAGAACCCUACAGAGACACCAGUGCGCAUGUGCACAGGUGAGUCCUGCCGGACCCGGCCUGGUUGUCUGGGGUGAGCGUGUGCGACUCGCAGCCCGCCUAACCAAACCCAGGGGCGCGCGCGGGCGAAGGUUCAGCACCCACAGUGCGUCUGUGCGCACACACCUGCGCCCUCACAGACGCGCCCACGCUCCCGCGGGCACACGCAGGCACACGCAGGCACACGCAGGCACAUGCAGGCACAUGUAUGCGAACGCGAGAACAGACUACCGAGCACAGCCCCCCAAGAGGAGCGCACGCCCCCGCGCAGUUACGCCGAGGUGCCUCCCCCCCCAGGUGCACCUUCCAGAGCCGGCGGGAGCUGUGUGGUUCGCUGAAGCUGGGCGGGGAGGUGGGGGGGAUACGGGCCAAGGCAGUUUGGGCAAGCCCUGGGGGCGGCUCCUGUCGCACGCUCUGGUCAGCCUCCCCUUUAAAAAACCCGCCCGCAGAGGAGGCGGAUGUAGGGGCGGCCCGUCCAAUGGCAGCUGCGCGCCUCGAGAGACUUGGAGACUUGAGCCAGAGCGAGCGACAGAGCCGGUUCCGACCGAUCGACGGACGGAGGGCCAGACAGCCGCCGAGGCGCACCCGCUGCCCGUCCCCUUUCUCCGCGCUCCAGCCGAAGCGCCCGCCGCGGCCCCAGCCCCAGCCCCAGCCCCAGCGCGAUGCUCGGCCCUGGCGGCGGGGCACGGACGAAUCCUGCUCUGGGGCCCGCGCGCCGGGGUCCCUAGCGCCUGGCGUCGUCGCCCCACCUCGGGGAAGGCCGCGGAGACCCCGGCCUCAGCUGGCCCCGGCGCCCUGCCCGCCGGGCCCGCCAAGCCCUUCCAGGAGCGCCGGCCCACCAUGCUCCUGCUGUCGCCGCGCGGCGCGCUCCUGUCGGUGUACUGCCCGCAGAUCUUUCUCAUCCUGUCCAGCGGCAGCUACCUAGCGCUGUCGUCCGUUGUGGCCCUGGGAGCCAACAUCAUCUGCAACAAGAUCCCUGGCUUGGCCCCGCGGCAGCGCGCCAUCUGCCAGAGCCGGCCCGAUGCCAUCAUCGUGAUUGGGGAGGGGGCGCAGAUGGGCAUCAACGAGUGCCAGUACCAGUUCCGCUUCGGACGCUGGAACUGCUCCGCCCUCGGCGAGAAAACCGUCUUCGGGCAAGAGCUCCGUGUAGGGAGCCGCGAGGCCGCCUUCACCUAUGCCAUCACCGCGGCUGGCGUGGCGCACGCCGUCACGGCCGCCUGCAGCCAGGGGAACCUGAGUAACUGCGGGUGUGACCGCGAGAAGCAGGGUUACUACAACCAGGCCGAGGGCUGGAAGUGGGGCGGGUGCUCCGCCGACGUGCGCUACGGCAUCGACUUCUCCCGGCGCUUCGUGGAUGCCCGCGAGAUCAAGAAGAAUGCCCGGCGCCUCAUGAACCUGCACAACAACGAGGCCGGCAGGAAGGUCCUGGAGGAGCGCAUGAAGCUGGAGUGCAAAUGCCACGGCGUGUCGGGCUCGUGCACCACCAAGACGUGCUGGACCACGCUGCCCAAGUUCCGCGAGGUGGGCCACAUGCUCAAGGAGAAGUACAACGCGGCGGUGCAGGUGGAGGUGGUGCGGGCCAGCCGCCUGCGGCAGCCCACCUUCCUGCGCAUCAAGCAGCUGCGCAGCUAUCAGAAGCCCAUGGAGACGGACCUGGUGUACAUCGAGAAGUCGCCCAACUACUGCGAGGAGGACGCGGCCACGGGCAGCGUGGGCACGCAGGGCCGCCUGUGCAACCGCACGUCCCUGGGCGCGGACGGCUGCGACACCAUGUGCUGCGGCCGUGGCUACAACACGCACCAGUACACCAAGGUGUGGCAGUGCAACUGCAAGUUCCACUGGUGCUGCUUCGUCAAGUGCAACACGUGCAGCGAGCGCACCGAGGUCUUCACCUGCAAGUGAGCGCCCCGCCGGCGCGCAUGCGCACACCGCUCGGCGCGCCCCCGCCGCCCCCCACUGCGGGGGGCUCCUUCCCGCCCCGCUGGUCUCUUGUGGCCGAGCCCUGUCCCGGACCAGCCCAGAGGUGUCCCUCUGGGGCCUAGGGAGUUCCUGCUUUUCUCUGGGGAAGCGGACCCUCCGGGACUCGAGCCCCCCCCCCCCCCCGGUGGCAUGGACGACGUGGAAAUGCCAUGCGGGCCGGCCGACGCCACGCGGGCCCCCACGCGGGACCCUUCCCCUGGCCGCACCCGCCGCCCGGGGCCUCGGGGUGGCCCGGGCAGAUGUUGACCAAGUUUAUUUAUGUGUCGUUAGUAUCAGAGAAGAGUAGCACUAAGGCAUAGCCGGUCCUAAGUGUACCCCGUGUGAGCGCAGCCCCUGGGACCCCCACUUGCUCUCCCGUUUCUGGACCCGAGGGAGCAUCCCCCCUGCACAGCACCCUCUGACCCUGCCCCCAGAGGGCCUCUGAGGAGAGCCACGGACAGGGACCCUUCUUGAAAAUCGUAUCACACAAAUCAAAAUGUCCCCCACCUCAGGCUCCAGGAGUGCUGCGUCCCCUCCCUAAUGCUGUCCCCCCUGCCCAGUGCCCCCGCCAGCCCAGCAGCCUCAGUUUACAGAGCCCACUCCUGCCCGGAGCCAACUGGAAGCCUUGGACAGCCCUGCGCUGGCUGGCGGUGGGCUGGGGGGUGGGGGUGGGUCAGGGGUGUCUGCCUUCUUUGACAGAUGCAGACGCAGAGGCCCCAAAGGGCUCAAGAAUGAGCCAGAGACCCUGAAGUGAUGAGCAGAGGCUCCUGCCUUGGCUCAGGCAUCCUGACCCUGGGCAACAUGCUCUGGGGACACCCAGGGUGGCUUGAGACUGCCCCCAUGUUUUGAGAAAUCGGGCUGUACCCCUCCUUCCCUGCCGCCAGCCGCACAGGGACCUGUACCCCCAGAGAUGCCUGCUGGGCCUUCUCUAUAGCCUCUGUGUCCAGUCCUACUCCUUGGACCCUGACUCCAAUGCUGAGAAAGCUCAGAGCCAGCCUGCUGUCCCGGCAGGUGUCUGCGCUCCAGACCCCUCCCCCAGGGUCCCUACCUACACACCCACCCUCCCCUGAAGUUCAACUCACCCUCAAACUUGAGAGGGGGCCUUGCUCAGGUCUCAUGUGCGGGCUGGGGAGAGGCCCGAACCCUGGGACUCGGGGCUGACGUGUCCUCUGCGAACACGUCCACCCUCCCUCGGGGAGUGGCUUGCCGGCAAGGGUGGUGUGCGGCUGGCUCCUGGUGUGUUGCCCUCCGCUGCUCGUGUGUCCACCCCCCGGCCCCCAGUUUAGGGUAUUUUCAUGCAGAAACCUGUGGAAAUGUGUCCUCAGGCAGCUGACAAGCCAAGUGGGCCCGACAUUAGCCUGGGGUGAGUGACACUCUCUGGGCCCUGGCCCUGGCAUCUACCCCGUGGGGAUGCCAGGACACUCCAUCAGCUGCUGUUCCCGGCACCUCCAGGCCACGGUGAACGCCCCGCCCCGGUCCCCCUCCUCUCCGGGUCCCAGGACACUCCUCCAAGUCCACAGGCUCGGUUAACUUAUAUUGUUAUAUAGCGUCGAAAUGUCUAUCGUGUCUUUUAAAUUAUUGUGACCUACACUGGGUACUGGAGGGAGGGGACAGCCUCACGCAGUGCCCCGAGCCAGGCUCCUCCUUCUGCUUGAAAUGGACUCUUGGGGCCCUGGAUGCCAUCGAGUCACACGUAUUAUCCAGGCGCCUCUGCCGAAACCCUCCUCAAGAGUCUGUCAGCGGCAGCCCCUCCCUCCGGUGAAAGGGGGUCAGUGUGGCCCGGGUGGGGCGGGGGCGGUCGGGGCACUGCGUGUCCCUGUGGCCCUCCCACUUGAAGAGAGCUGGUGGGUUUCGGAUGGGCUGUGUCCUGCCUUCCCCGGAGGGGAGCGUCCGGUCCCAAUAAAGCUGGAAUCAGAA